AUCCCCAUAUUGUCCCAACGCAAUUAUGAAAUCGAUUAUGUGGGACAACAGGUUGUCCCUAGAAAUGAUGUUUAGGGGACGACUUAUUGUCGCUAAAGUUAUAGCUAUGGGGACGACAUGCUGUCGCUACAGUUAUAGCUAUGGGGACGACAUUUUGUCUUUCAUGGACAAGAAACGAGACGACGACUUGCGCGUAUCGGGGACGAUUGUCGUCCCUAGUAAUGGGGACGACCUAGAUUUUUGUCGUCCCCAAAAAAAUAGAGGACAAGGGUAUAGGGAACCACUCUUUGGGGAUCACUUAGUUAUCCCCAAAAACUAUAGAGACGAUUUUUCCUAUUUCCAGGGACGACUUUUGUCGUCCCCAAACCUCCUCUUUUUUGUAGUAAUUACUUGUUAAAAUAAUAUCAAAUUUUAACAAUCUGAUGUGGCAGGCGACGUGGUGCAUAUGUGGUCGCCACGUAUGUGCCAUGCAACCAACAGUCAACAUUUUGGUCAACCAUUAUCUAUAACGGUCAACAAAAUCAUUGGGACGUAAAUGACACCAACUAUUAUAGGUUGGGACAAAAAUGAAAUAUUGAAAAGAAUAUGAUACAAAAUUAUUGAUAUUGUUUUUACUAUAUAUAAUCAUCUAAACCCAAUUUUAUCUACUCAAAUGAAUUGACUCAAAUAUUACCAGCUCAAAGCUAACACAAACUCCAAGAUAUUAAAAAUACAUAUGAGUUCAUUUGGAUUUGGUGAAAUUAGACAAUGAAUGCACUUAUUGUCACGUCUAUUUCUUCCAAAUAAUUGAUGGCAUGUGGUCGGGUUCUUCUUUUAAACCUUUAGCAAUUAGCAUCUAACUUUUAGGUUAUACCUAUGCAAUAUGCACAUGGUUUAUCAGCUUAGAGUGACAUCUCACAUGCAAAGCAUGGUGCGGGAAAUGCUUUCCCCGUAGCCGGCCAAGGCCAACCCCUUCUUUUUCACUUUUCAGUACUGGCCGGUUUCUUCAUCUUUUCCUUCAUAUUCUCUCAUUUCGCGGAACCAAAUCGACUUUUGAAUUUUGAUGCACGUGCCCUGUAAUUCUGCGGUAGUUGCCAUGCCAUGCAUGCAAGCACUUUAAUUAUCGAGCUUUCGCGGAAAAGAACUUUCCAGCAUCUGCAAUCCACUAAUUACCCGAAAAGGCCACUUGAAUUGAGAAAAAAAAGCAGCUGCGUUUUGUUCCUUUCUAGCCAUGCUGAUCUCUAAGAUCAAACCUUUGCACACCAGUGCAUGCAUAUAUGCUGUUGCAUGCCUCGAACUUGAUGCUCUUUUAAUCAGUUUAUUAUUUAUUUAAUUGCUAGCUAGCCGGUCGCUAUAUAUAUAUAGCUGAAUGCUGAUAGGUUCUGAUCAGUUGAAUCAUCUGAUAAUAACAAGAAUUUUUACAGUUAGUGAGAAGGGUCGAUGAGGACGAGGAGUAAGAAAGCUUCCGCUUUCUUGAAGCACACGAUAUCGCUGCUGGCCUCGGCGCUGCUGAAGGCGAAAUCCGCGGCUGUUGGCGACAAGACAAGGGCAGUACUGAAAGCUCGGAUGGCCAUGACGUCUUUGGUGAUGGAGAGGAAGAGAAAGGUGAUGCAGUUGCAGCUGGCUUCCGUCUGCGACAAGAUCAACACAGUUUUCGGUGGGAGCAGCCGCCACGAUGAUCAUCAUGAAGAUCAUCUGGCGAUGGUUGUGUACGAUCCUAAUCGAAAAGGCAGGGCAGAUGCAAGCUGCUGCAGCUGCUGCUGCACAACCUGCUGCAACGACGAUGGACAGGCAGUGCUGGAUAUUGCACAUUGCCGCAGCCAAGAGGCUGCCCAGCCUAGCCUUGUUAAGGUUGGCGGCAGUGAGUGCAAUAUGAUAAGUAAUGAAGGCGAACAAUGUUGUCCGUACUAUUCUGUCGAUGAUCAAGAUGAUCAUGAUCUGGUCAUAAUCAAGGGCAAUAAGGAGGGAGAUGAUGAUUAUGGUCAUCAUGUUCAUGAUGACGAUGAGAAUAUUGAUGACGUGGCGGACAUGUUCAUCGGGAAAUUCCAUAAGCAGAUGCGUCUGCAGAAGCUGGAGUCCUUCAAAAGGUAUCAAGAGAUGCUCCAGCGAAGUCUAUAAGGGUCUGCAUCUGACUUUUCAGACGUUAAUUAAUUAAUAUAUAUCUUUUUUGACAAUACAUGUAUGUCCGAUAAUAUUCUCUAUAAAUUUCUUUGAUGCGAUAUAUAUGACGUUUUGAUAUUAUCUGUAUCAGUGUAUCUUUUGGCUUAUCGAUCUUCGGUUAAGUAUUCUAAGCGUGUCUUUCAGUUUUAUUUAGAGGUGUAUUUUUAUUUCGGUGCAGCAACCUGCACUUUUGUUGGUGUUGUCAAUUUGGGACGCCUACGUCUCUUGUCACAAUGACCAUUGUCUUUAUUAAGCUUAUCUGUAACCAUUGUCAAAUCUCAUAUCAUCAAAGCAAGUGAAAUAUCAUAAUUUGUAAGUAUCGAGUUUAACUGACAAGGCACUUUUUGAAGUCAAAAGAAAAAGUUUUUGUAAGAACUUCGAAGAUAAAACGUGCUCACUAUGGAAUACUGCAAGGAUUAGCGAUCUCGCGAGAAGUCACUUUGAUAUGCACCCCAAGGUAAAAAAAAUCAGUAAGGGUCUAGGUCUAAAACGGACAACCCUCAACGAGGAUUUUAAGUCUCCGGGAGAGUGUAUGUAACACUUUAGGCAAAUCAAUUUGACAAAGCACGAAAGAGAUCCAUGAUUAGUAAGAAACUGACGCAUUUUGCAAUGAAAUGAAAGAGUUCUUGUAAGAACUCCGAGGUUAAAAUGUGCUCAUUGUGGACCACUACAAGGAUGGUGGCCUCGCGGAAAAUCACUUUGAUAUGCACUCGUAGGCACAAAACCGUAAUGGCCUAGACUCAAAAUAGACAAUAUCUUUGUCGGAAAAAUGUUAGGAAUGUCACAUAAUCCCUCCAUUGCAUACCUCUCUCUCUUUCUCUCUCUCUUCUAAUCGCGUUUGAUUUUCCUCAUUCACUCACUCUUUACUAACCUAAAUUGUGUUCGAUUAAAAAAUCUCUAAUGAAACAGUUCAAUUGCCCGAUGCAAUUUAUGAUCGUUGAUUGGUCGUUAUUUCUCUAUGUCGGUAUCGUCCUCCAUCUUCGCUCGCCAUUCCAUCCAUCUUGUUGCGAGUGCAUUUUCCGACAAGGUCGCCUCUGCAUAUUUCAUCAAAAGCCAAAUUCAUCGUGAUUUUCCACUCUGACGUCCUAACACAUGCAGUUUUCAAGUAUGCGUUCUGGCCAAGUUCGAGAUCGAGUUGGCAUUCUCCUAAUUUUGGUUUGCAUUGUUGAUAUUUCUAACAUUCAAUUUUUCUAUUAUUUUUUGACAAACUAGUUGUACUACUGAAGAAGUGAUCAAAGUAGUACAUGCUCAAAGUAAAGACCGAACCAAAUU